AUGCAAUUCUUCAAGCUUCUUGCUCUCUUCGCUGCCGCGACUGCCGCCGCCCCUGCACCGGCCCCUGAACCUCAGGCAUGCCUCGCCGAAAUCAAGGAGAACGUCGCUGAGUCGGCCGCUGUCUACAAAAGAUGUGCCUACAACUGGAUUAGACGGGAUGGCGUCUCUACACGUCAGGCCUGUCUUACAGAGCUCGAAGAAUCUGCCGCCGAGGUCUCCGAGAAGUACAAGCGAUGCGCUUACAACUGGAUCAAGCGCGACGAGCUCGCCGUUCGGGCACCUUUCCCUCAGGCCUGUCUUACUCAGGUCAACGAAGCCAGCACAGAGGCUGAUGCCGUCUAUAAGAGAUGCGCUUACAACUGGAUCAAGCGGGAUGGACACAACCUUUCUGCCCGUCAGGCUUGUCUCACUGAGGUCGAUGAGGCUGUUGCCGACGGUUCUGAGAAAUACAAGCGCUGUGCCUACAACUGGAUCAAGUGA